AUGGUUGACUCAGGUUGUCUCAUGCAACCGUUUUGUUAUGCUUCUGGAAUUUCCAAUGAAACCAAUGAGACUAACACAGAUCAUGCACUUGGACAAUCAAUCUCAUUUGGGAGGUUCAUGACAGAGACACUGGCAUGGGAGAAAUGGUCUAGUUUCACUCAAAACCGCUACGUCGAAGAAGCGGAAAUGUAUUCAAAACCGGGUUCAGUUGCGCAGAAGAAAGCUUUCUUUGAAGCUCACUACAAGAAACUUGCAGCUCAAAAAGCAGCUGCUGCGUUGCUUGAGCAAGAAGCAAACAUUGCUGCCGCACAAAACAAUGUUACAGAAAAACAAGAAAAUGAUGAGAAGACCAAUGAAAGUCCAAAGUAUGAAAUUGUCGUUAAGGAUGAACGAGAUAGAAAGGUUUUGAGUCAUGAUUUAGAUCCAAAUGUAGAGACAUUCGUUGUUUCAGAAAGUAACAAGUUAGAAGAAUCUGAAGCACAAAUAGAAAAAGAAGUUGUUUUAAGGAAUUCAAUGAUGGUUGAAUUGCGAAAAAAGAUUGAAAAUGUUGAUACAUCUAAGGAGCUAAGUGAAAAGCUUAGUGCAACAACUCCAAACGUGACACCAAUAUUGAAGCAUGUCUCUAACUAUGAUCAAGAAGUUUUGGCAUCAACUAGCAAGAAGAAACCACCAAUUUCUUCUUAUAAGUUGUUAAAAUCUAAUAAUGGAGCCUCAAAGUUCACAACUACUACACCUGUUAAAUCCACUACUCCUAUUACUCCUAUUUCUUCCAAAAUAGAUAACUUUGCUACUCCAACAAUGAGCAACAAGCCUUCUUCAUUAAGCAAUGAUAAAAAGAGAUCAACUCCAAAGAAAGCUACUUUUACACCAAUUAGAGAAUUUAACCGAUUGACUGCGUCUGUUAUGAGGAGAUUUGAAAGCACAAAAGUUGGUUCUUCUUCUUCUUCUUCCAAGGUUUCUAAGGAUAGCUCGACUCCUCUGAAAACUCCAACCAUGGCUUCCAAGGAGAUGCAAAAACAUUCUUCAUUGACUCCAUUAACCGAAAAUAGAAGGAACAAAACACCUAUUGAUUCAUCGGCAUCGCGCAACCAUACAUCCGGUCCUAAAUGGCGUUUGCUCUCUGGAGAAAAAAAAAUGAGAUCACCAAUUAUAUCAUCUCCUUUCAGCUUAAGGACAGAAGAAAGGGCUGCAACAAGAAAGAAGAAACUUGAAGAAAAGUUCAAUGCUAAUGAAGUACAAAAAGUGCAGCUGCAUACAAAACUCAAGGCGAAAGCGGGGACUGAGAUUAGAAAACUACGCCAAAGCUUUUGCUUCCAAGCCAGACCAUUACCUGAUUUUUACAAGGAAAGGAAAGCAUCAAAUAUUGAGACAAGAAAGGUUCCACACACACAUUCUGAACCACCUAAUGUGGGAAGAUAUCUCACUCCAAGUAUGGCAGAGUGCAAAAUUUCUCUGAAAAACAAUGGCACCAAGAAUUUCAUGGGAAAGAGUGGUCAUCAUCAUACCUUGACUCAUCAUCAGACUUCAAAUUCCAAGAAGAAUAUUACAACUCAUGAGAAUACAUCACCAAAUAUUCAGCAUUGGAACAAAAAUGGUAGAAUUUACAAAUAA